AGCUAAGGAUUUUUUUGUAAUUUUGGUGUUUUUCUGUUUUUUCCUUCUAAAUUUAAAGUUUAAAAAUCGUUGAAAUAUAUCAAGGUAUUUAGACUAAAUACCUUGAAAGAUAUGAAUUAAUAUCAUAGAGUAAACUUAUGUAGUGUGUAUAAUUAUGAAAAUUGGUGUUUUUUUAUUCCAUGCGGUUGGUAACCCUGGCAGUAUUUUCCGCAAGCCGCGCAAUUUAGUCAACUUCCAAGUUCCACAUGUCGACCGGAGACAGAAUGACUUAGAAUUUAUGAGAGUUUGUGAAGUUAUAAGAUGUUUUACGUUGUUGUUUUUUCAUGUGACGCCAGUUAUUCAGUAUUUGAGGACCGUAGAAAAUACCCUGUUGGAUGCAAAUUGACGUGCAAAUAUGAAGGUGUACCUUGGCUUGGAGAAAUAGUGUUUAAAGCACAUACUUUAGCAGAAGCAGAGCACUAUUUAGCGGACAAUAGUCUCAGUGAGGUUCCAGUGGGUGAGUCAGAGUUGGGACAGAGAUAUAAUUUAACUCCAAAGAAGAAAGUGUGUUCGAAGAAUGACGUAUCAACAGCAAAAGCCAGCAGCAUGAUGAAUGCAACCCUUACAAGUUCUGGGUAUGUUGAUGAUGAAAUGAUAACUGACCAGAGUUUUAUAUGGUAAAAUAUUUUUUUUAUUUAAGCAGUUAAGUGC